AUGAAUACUUGUGGAAACUGCACGGACAACAGGGAGCGCCAGGUCGCUUCUUCGAGUUUCCCUGGUGGAGGCUCGAGUGCUCGUCCGCUGGAUAAUGGAUAUGGACAAUCUCGUUCAAAGUUCCGGGCAGCGCAUCUUCCAAUCUCCGAGUCACCUAUCCCGCAGAAUGAUCCAUUCAGCGUUCCGAUAUCUUCGUCCUGGCCUUCGCCUCUUGGAAGGUACAGCCCGAUUUCGCCCAAGAUGCCUCUUCGAUCUGGGCGAAGACGAGUUCGCCCCACGACUCGACGAAGGCAUGGAUGUGGCUCGGUAGUUGAAUGCCCGCUACGCUUUCCUGUGGAUACAAAGAUCCCAGGUGCUGAGUAUACGCUGCGCUACACAGCCGCUACUUGCGACCCAGACGAUUUCAACUCGGCAAACGGUUACACGCUGCGUGGCAGUAAAGGCAACCAGUCUACAGAGGCCCUGAUCGCGAUAACGGCAUUCAACGAGAACGCGGUGAUGUACGGCAGGACUCUCAGCGGUGUAUUUGCCAACAUUCAAGACAUCUGUACUUCUCAGCGGUCCAAGUAUUGGCGGUCAUGCGUUGAAGAUGGCAAUCCAGCAUGGCAGCGGAUCACUGCCGCGUUAGUUGUCGAUGGUCUAGACGAGAUGGAUAAUGACGCGUUAGACCUAUUGGCUAAAAUCGGCGUGUGCCAGACGGGCAUCAUGAAGAAGCAAGUUCAAGGAAGAGAGACAACUGCCCACAUUUUUGAGGCGAAGAAUCAGAAGAAGAUCAACUCUCAUCGUUGGAUAUUCGACGCUGUUGGGAAAAUUCUGAAGCCCGAAGUGUGCAUUUUGGUCGAUGCUGGCACCAAACCUGGUCCGAACGCUAUCUAUCGGCUAUGGCAAGCCUUUCACGACAACCCAAAUCUCGGUGGUUCCUGCGGCGAAAUUCAUCCCAUGGGCGGUAGGCCUUUGCUUAACCCUUUGGUCGCGGCCCAGAACUUCGAGUAUAAGAUGUCGAACAUUCUUGACAAGCCUCUAGAGAGUACCUUUGGCUACGUUACCGUCUUGCCAGGAGCCUUCAGUGCAUAUCGCUACAGAGCGAUCCUCGGCCGACCACUUGAGCUAUACUUCAAGGGCGAUCACUCACUGGCGAGGCGGUUAGGAAAAGACAAUCUGCAAGGCUUGAGCAUGCUUCAAAAGAACAUGUUCCUCGCUGAGGAUCGGAUCCUCUGUUUCGAGCUCAUAGCGAAGGAGGGCGAGAAGUGGACCAUCUCCUAUGUCAAAGACAGCAAAGCAGAGACGGACGUCCCAGAGUGCACGGCUGAGCUCCUCAGUCAGCGUAGAAGGUGGCUUAACGGCGCCCUUGCCGCCAAUGUUUAUGCCCUUGCAAAUUUCCAUCGACUAUAUCGCUCAAAGCAUGGAUGGAGACAACUAGUGUUGUACCAAGUUCAGGCUAUUUAUAACGCCCUCUCUCUGGUCUUUUCCUGGUUUACGCUGGCAAACGUCUGGCUUGGUUCCAGCAUGCUGUUGGAUAAUCUUUCAGGAUAUGCGCCGUAUCCAUACGUUACUUAUGUUGAUGGAGUCAGCAAGGUCAUCAAAUACGCCUACCUCGUAUGUCUGGCCCUCCAGUUCCUUCUCGCCUUUGGAAACCGACCCAAGUCAGAACGUCUGACGUUCAACAUCCCGCUAUGGUUCUUCGCCUUUUUGACGAUCUACCUCAUGGCUGCUCCUGGAGUUUGGUCACGACUGGCAGCCUCAUCUCCUCGUGUACAUCCUCCCUGCACGGAAGUACUUCAUUCCGCAUCGACCCCUACUGCGUCUGGCCUCGCAGCUCUUCUUGUUCCACUGAGCUCUGCAGUCGGUAUCUAUGUCGUAGCUUCCCUGCUCUAUCUCGAUCCUUGGCACUUGCUCCAUUCGUCACUGCAAUACCUAUGUAUGGGACCCAGUUUCAUCAACGUGUUGACCGUUUAUGCCUUCUGCAAUCUCCACGACGUCUCGUGGGGGACUAAAGGGUGCGAUAAGCUGGAAGUCUUGACGCCAUUGGUCACGUCGUUUACCCGGUUUCUUGGCCACAUCCAUCCUGGGGACAAGAUGAGAUGCGAUCGUGGACGCCAGGAAUCGCAGAUGAAAGCAGAGAUCGAAGACCUCCACAAGAGUUUCCGAACGCGCGUGGUCAUUUUAUGGCUCUUGUCCAAUGCGAUAUUGGCCAUCGCUGUAGAGAACUUGGGGGGAUGGCUCAACCUCAACGAUCCGUCAAUUACCAUCGAGCAAGUUCAGCUCUUCCACAGAGGGCAAACCAACGGACGUAGAGCGUAUCUUUCCGUCCUCCUCUGCGUUGCGUACUGGUUUGUCCUUUUGCGCUUUGUGGGAAGUAUCGUUUAUUGGGUCAGGAAUAUUGUCUUCAGCUGGAGGAGGAAACGAUCGUAA